AUGGCAAUCAGUCGGGACGCCCCCAUCAUGGCUGCCCUCGGUGCCGCUGCUGUGGUCGGCCUAGGCAGCGAGGCCUUUGUGGCCUCCAAGCCCUUGCAGGCGCAGAGUGCUCCAAGCACGUCUUCGCUCAGGGGUGCAACCACCGUUCCGGGAUCGGAAUCCUUUGGUGGCGCGAGCAGGACGUUGGCGGUUGGCGCCGGGGCCGUUGCCACUGCGGUCCUUGGACGAGGAGCUUUGCUGCGCCGCCGCGCUACUGCUGUGAAGAAGAAGGGUGUCCGCGUGGUCGAGGGCAAGGAGAUCCCCUGGAACCUCUUCAGCCCCAAGGCACCGUACGAGGGCAGCUGCGUGUCCAAGGAGACCAUCACCAGCAAGACCCCUUUGGUGAACUGGGAGACGUGCCAUGUGAUCAUGGACCACGGCGGCAAGGUGCCCUACAUCGAGGGCCAGUCCAUCGGCGUCAUUGCACCGGGCCCGGACAAGAAGGGCGAGACCCCAGCAAAGAUCCGCUUGUACUCCAUCGCCUCCUCCGCGCCCGGCGACGACGAGAGCAGCAAGACGGUGUCCCUGGUGGUGAAGCGCGUUGUGGAGGUGGCCGGACGUGGCUGGUGCGAGUACUCGAACGUCGAAAAGGGAAAGGAUCCUGAGUUCCCGGACGCAGAGAAGGUCUAUCGCGGAGUUUGCUCCAGCCACAUCUGCGAUUUGGAAGCGGGAGAUGACGUUCUUAUCACGGGUCCAACAGGAGCCGAGAUGCUGUUGCCGGAAGACCCCGAGGCGAACAUGAUCUUCAUGGCCACCGGAACCGGUAUCGCACCAUUCCGAUCCCACCUGCGCAACCUCUUCCACGACAAGGUCUCGAAGGGCAAGUUCAAGGGCUGUGCGUGGCUGUUCUUGGGAGUUCCCUUCAGCGAGUCCUUGCUCUAUGACGAAGAGUGGAAGGAGAUGCAGGCCGAGUUCCCAGGCCAGUUCCGCUACGACUACGCAGUUUCCAGCGAAGAGAAGUCUGAGAAGAACAAAAUCAACGGAGAGAUGUGGGUGCAGCACAAGAUGAUGGAGUACGGCGAGGAUCUGUGGCAGUUGGUCAAGGAUCCCAAAACGCACGUCUACAUGUGCGGCCUCAAGGGCAUGGAGAGUGGCUUCGCGGAGUGUUUCCAGGAGAAGGUGGAGGCAGAGGGCAUGGUCUACACCGAGUUCUUGAAGAAGAUGAAGAAGGACAAGCGCUACCACGUGGAGGUUUACUGA